AAGAGGCAGAAAGGGCGUGUUUAGGCGCUACGUCUCCCCUCCCCUUUCUCAGGUCCCAGCUCCGGCUCCAGCUCCGCGCUCGCUCUCCGGCUCCAGCUCCCCGCAGGCGAAGCUGGGCGUCGGGUGCGAUAGCCCGGGCCGCCCCUCGGGCCGCUGCCCCGCGCCUGGCCGCGCUCCCCACCGCGCGCUCCGCACGCCCAGCCCGGAGCCCCCGCGGAGCGCCCUCCAGUCCCCUCCCCCUCUGCCUCGCGCCCUCUCCGGGGCUGCGACACCCCCGCGGCCCCGCCGCGCGGAGCUCCAGGCCAUGGGCUCGGGGCGCGUCCCCGGGUUCUGCCUGCUCGUCUUGCUGGUCCACGCGCGCGCCGCCCAGCAUGGCAAAGCUGCGCAAGAUGUGGAUGAGUGUGUGGAAGGGACUGACCAUUGCCACAUCGAUGCCAUCUGCCAGAACACGCCACGGUCGUAUAAGUGCAUCUGCAAGUCUGGCUACACCGGGGAUGGCAAACAUUGCAAAGACGUGGAUGAGUGUGAACGGGAGGAUAAUGCAGGCUGUGUGCACGACUGUGUUAAUAUCCCUGGAAAUUACCGGUGUACCUGCUACGACGGAUUCCACCUGGCACACGACGGACACAACUGUCUGGAUGUGGAUGAGUGUGCUGAGGGUAACGGUGGCUGUCAACAGAGCUGUGUCAACAUGAUGGGCAGCUACGAAUGCCACUGCCGAGAAGGCUUCUUCCUCAGCGACAACCAGCAUACCUGCAUCCAGCGGCCAGAAGAAGGAAUGAACUGCAUGAACAAGAACCACGGCUGUGCCCACAUCUGCCGGGAGACUCCCAAGGGCGGCAUUGCCUGUGAAUGCCGCCCUGGCUUCGAGCUUACCAAGAACCAGCGGGACUGUAAACUGACCUGCAACUAUGGUAACGGUGGCUGCCAGCACACAUGCGAUGACACAGAGCAGGGUCCCCGGUGCGGCUGCCAUGUCAAGUUUGUGCUCCAUACUGACGGGAAGACAUGCAUCGGGGAAAGGCGGCUAGAGCAGCACAUGCCCACUCAGGCCGUAUCUAAUGAGACCUGUGCCGUCAACAAUGGGGGCUGCGACAGUAAAUGCCACGACGCCGCGACUGGGGUCCACUGCAGCUGCCCUGUGGGCUUCAUGCUGCAGCCAGACAGAAAGACCUGCAAAGACAUCGACGAGUGCCGCUUAAACAAUGGGGGCUGUGACCACAUCUGCCGCAACACUGUGGGCAGCUUCGAGUGCAGCUGCAAGAAGGGCUACAAGCUUCUCAUCAACGAGAGGAGCUGCCAGGACAUAGACGAGUGCUCCUUUGAUCGAACUUGUGACCACAUGUGUGUCAACACACCAGGAAGCUUCCAGUGUCUCUGUCAUCGCGGGUACCUGCUGUAUGGUGUCACUCAUUGUGGGGAUGUGGACGAAUGCAGCGUCAACAAGGGAGGCUGCCGCUUUGGCUGCAUCAACACCCCCGGCAGCUUUCAGUGUACCUGCCCAGCAGGCCAGGGCCGCCUUCACUGGAACGGGAAGGAUUGCACAGAGCCAGUGACCUGUCAGAACAGUCCUGGGGCCUCCAAAGCCAUGCUCAGCUGCAGUCGGUCUGGCAAGAAGGACACUUGUGCCCUGACCUGCCCUUCCCGGGCCCGGUUUUUGCCAGAGUCCGAGAAUGGUUUCACCGUGAGCUGUGGUACCCCCAGCCUUAAAACUGCUGCAGCCCGAGGCAUCCACCCUGGAAACAGCACUACCUCAAACUACUGCCAUGAGGCUGCAGCCCUAUCCAUUAAGCAGCGGGCCUCCUUCAAGAUCAAGGACGCGAAAUGCCGUUUGCAUCUGCGAAACAAAGGCAAAAUGGAGGAAGGCAGCAGAAUCCCAGGGCCAGGUGGCGCCACUUGCUCCGACUGCCAAGUCACCUUCAUCCACCUUAAGUGCGACUCUUCUCGGAAAGGCAAGGGCCGACGGGCCCGGACUCCUGGCAAGGAGGUUACCCGGCUCACCCUGGAAUUAGAGGCCGAGGUCAGAGCAGAAGAAACAACAGCUGGCUGUGGGCUGCCUUGCCUCCGGCAGAGGAUGGAGCGAAGACUGAAAGGGUCCCUGAAGAUGCUCAGAAAGUCCAUCAACCAGGACCGAUUCCUGUUGCGUCUGGCAGGCCUUGACUAUGAGCUAGCCCACAAGCCAGGCCAGGUGACUGGGGACCGAGCAGAGCUGGCGGAGGUCUGCAGGCCUGGGCAGCACCGGGCAGGCACCAAGUGUGUCAGCUGCCCGCAGGGAACGUAUUACCACGGCCAGACGGAGCAGUGUGUACCAUGCCCAGCGGGCACCUUCCAGGAGAGGGAAGGGCAGCUCUCCUGCGACCUUUGCCCUGGGAGUGAUGCCCAUGGGCCUCUUGGAGCCACCAACGUCACCACGUGUGCAGGUCAGUGCCCACCUGGCCAACAUUCAGUAGAUGGGUUCAAACCCUGCCAGCCAUGCCCACGGGGCACCUAUCAGCCUGAAGCAGGACGAACCCUGUGCUUCCCCUGUGGUGGAGGCCUCACUACCAAGCAUGAGGGGGCAGUCUCCUUCCAGGACUGUGACACCAAGGUCCAGUGCUCCCCAGGCCACUACUACAACACCAGCACCCAUCGCUGUAUCCGCUGUGCCAUGGGCUCCUACCAGCCACACUUCCGCCAGAACUUCUGCACCCGCUGCCCAGGAAAUACAAGCACUGACUUUGAUGGCUCUACCAGUGUGGCCCAGUGCAAGAAUCGGCAGUGUGGGGGGGAGCUAGGUGAGUUCACUGGCUACAUCGAGUCCCCCAACUACCCGGGCAACUACCCGGCGGGCGUGGAGUGCAUCUGGAACAUCAGCCCCCCACCCAAGCGCAAGAUCCUCAUUGUGGUCCCCGAGAUCUUCCUGCCAUCCGAGGAUGAGUGUGGGGACGUUCUCGUCAUGAGAAAGAACUCCUCCCCAUCCUCCAUCACCACUUAUGAGACCUGCCAGACCUAUGAGCGGCCCAUUGCCUUCACGGCCCGGUCCAGGAAACUCUGGAUCAAUUUCAAGACGAGUGAGGCCAACAGCGCUCGUGGCUUCCAGAUUCCCUACGUAACCUACGAUGAGGACUAUGAGCAGCUGGUGGAGGACAUCGUGCGGGAUGGCCGGCUCUACGCUUCUGAAAACCACCAGGAGAUCCUGAAGGACAAGAAGCUGAUCAAGGCCUUCUUUGAGGUCCUGGCCCACCCCCAAAACUACUUCAAGUACACGGAGAAACACAAGGAGAUGCUGCCGAAGUCCUUCAUCAAGCUGCUGCGUUCUAAAGUCUCCAGCUUCCUGAGGCCUUACAAAUAGUGCUCGGGCCUGGAGCCCCAGGUCUCAGAGCUCCGACUCCCUGCCCUCAGAGCUGGCCCCCCAACUCAGACAAGAAACUGGCUUCUCCUUUGGGAGGAGAGACAUCUCUACACCAGGCACUGUCCCCUCUGUCUUCUAGUCAUCUUGCCCCCGCCCCCUACAUUUUUUUCUUACAUGUUUCCUGGAAAAGCCAUUCAGUGCUGUCCCUGUCCCCCCAGAGGUGAAGGAACAGAACCCCCUCUCCUCUGGCCAGCUCACCAGCUCACAUCCCUGGCCCCCCCGUCAGUCUGGAAGGGUGUUGGAGGCCUGGAAUAGGAUCUGGCCUACUAGGAAGUGGAGGGUGAGGUGGAUAAGAAAGGCUUCUGCCAUUAUAGGGUCAUGCCUUUACUAGCCAGGAGCCAAAAUGUCCCCCGCUGUGCUCCCCAGAAUAACUUCACAGCCCAGAGCCCUGCCAGAGAAGCUCUGACCAACUUUAUGCCAACCCAGGCUGCUAGGCACAGUCUGAGCCCUGGGUGCCCACACAGCUGGCAUUCUUAUCUGUACAGCUUUUCCUGUCUGCCUGGGGCUGACUCCCUAGGGUCUACAGGUGGUCCAUACCACUGGGCUGGUGAACCCUGGCUGAGUAGGGAGAGCAACAGGUAUCAUUUUGUAUGCCAGAGCACAACUGUGGCUCCCGGAGACAAUGCUCUCAGAUAGCUCUGGGACAGAAAGCAGGUUUUUUAAACCAUUGCCUAAAACAGAAAAAGAAAUGUAUUCCCUAAAGGACUGGGCUGCAGAGCAAGUGGAAGCCAGCCUCAGACACUAACCCUUUUCUUGCCAGCCCUCACUGGCCCACCAUGCCUCACCCGCCUAAGUGCUCCCUGGGGAAGGCUUACUCCCCUUGCUAAGUGCUGUCCUUAAAGAAUCCUGGCCAUUGACCCCCACCAGCCUAGAACUUGCUCCACAGUUGUUUUGCCCUUGGAGCCCCAGGUGGCUGGUGGGGUCCACCAAAGAGGCCUCUGGCCUCGGGCUGUGGGUAGCAAGAAGAAUGUGUGCCCUUGGCAAGCCACCUGCCCAUCCUGUCCACAUCUGAGAAGUGCAAUCAUUGAGUCUUUCUAUGUCUUCUAGAGGGAGGGGUUUUGUUUUUUGUUUGUUUCUUUUUCCUCUCAGAAUAACCCUAUUUAUAGCUGCCCAGGAGAGAAGAGUGUGUUGGAAGUGGAAGCGUAUCGGUUUGGCUCUCACGAGCCUUGAGCACUGGAGCAUCUCUGCCUGAGGCCGCCCAGAACUUCAGGGCCCUAAGUUGUGCAGAGCCAGGGCAAUCCCUUGGAGGUGCCGAAAGUAGAGGAGAGUAAUUCUGGUAACUUGGUGAAGCAGGAAGGAGAGGGGCUGUUGACUAAGCUGACCCUGCCGUCCUUGUGCGUCUCUGUGGCUCAUGGUUAUAGGUGCAGAUGGAACUGGUCGGUGAGCCACUGCAGGUAGGGGAUCCUCUGCCCUUUCACGGCCUUCAUGCUUCUCCUGGUAUGCACAUGGAAGAGCUUCAGGACAAACUCUGAGCAUGGGCCAGAGAAGGCGGAGCAGCCUCGGAUAGGACAGUUCUCCAUGUAUGAAGCUGCUGCAGGGGCAAGAACCAGAUGUGUGCUGACACUGGCCACCUGCCUCUUAAGAGUUGACGUCCAGCCGGUUUCAACUACUGCCUUUCAAAAGGAAGAAGAAUAAGUCCAAGCCCAGGCCCUGCACAUGCUCCACCUUUAACCCAACUGUUGCUGUAAAGUCUCUAGAUUGCUCCUUCUAGGGCCCCCAAGGCUGUAGUCCUAGACAGUCACUAGCCACUAACUAACUCCUCAGGUCCAGCUCUAGGUGACUACCAAGAGAUUCAAUGAUUCCACUAAAUAAUCUGACCCCUAGCUACACCAGCCAAACAGCCAAUGGCAAUCAAAGCUAGUUUCCUGGACAUCAGUUAGCCAACACCUUGGGGUGGGGUAGGGGUCUGCCGUCUGUCUGUCUGGGUCAAAGAGCUAUUGUAAAGCUGCCAGAUGGCUUCAUACAAGGGUGAGUGGGCAUUUGGUGGCAGUGUCUGCUUCUUCAGAAGUGCCACAGAACGGCUGGAAUCAACUUUGACCAUCCUACUAGAAGCCAGGGUAACUUGUGAGUCCUCUCUCCCUGCCAUUGUGCCCAGCUCCUGGAAAGCCACACAGUGAUGCCUCCCAAAGUCGGCCAUUAGGAUAUGGUUCUCCUUGCUCCCUUUCCUGUCAUACCAUCUACUUCCUCUGAUCAUUUAUUGAAUGGCUGGUGGGACAGCUUGUGAGUUCUAUGGUACAGAGAGAAGAGGCCACUAGACAGAUGGAGGAAAUCGAGCGAGGACUGGCUACUACCAACCAAGUCAGAAGUUAGUCCAGGCGGAGCUGCUGCUGAACUUUCAGAGGAAAUUGGCCCUGGGGCACCUAGCCUGGGGGCUCGGUCGCUGGGACGAGGAUAACAACUCAGGGACUUUCUAGGACUGCACAGGUUAGGUGAGGUCUCUAGGAGGAAGUGGGGGGAUGGGAAGAUGGUGUGAACAGAGCCUUCAUGAACUGACCCAGGAGCUUCUCAGGUGCGGUGCCCACAGGCCACAUAACCAUGGCACCACAUUCAUCUUAGCAUAGACCUGCCCUGAUCUGAGUUCCAACGUGGGACGUCGUUUCCAUGAGGCCUCCAAGCACCAAGCAACACGUCUCAAGAAGGUGGUUUGGUCCUCAGCAGCACAGUGGUGCCCUUAGCCCUCUGUACUGUCAGGCCAGCCAGUCCCUAACCCGGAGGUAAUUCUCAGAAUUAGGGGAAAACUGCCCAGAGCCUGGACUUCCGCUGCCCACCCUAAGCCUUUAGGAAUGCCCAGAGGAUUGCCACCAAGCUACCCAUACUCCCACUUCCCCGAAUGUGGAGGCAGAGAAGACUGAUUUGUUGCUUCGAAUUCAGGGGUACGGUCUCGCUUUUGGCUCUUACGAUUCUUUGUGAAUCCGAGAAGCAUCCUCCAGAUGCAUGUAGGGGAGACUCCAAUGGGCUAGGACAUUGUAGCUCAAUAUGUCAGAAAAGGUUAGGGAGCAUUCGAGGAUUGGUAUUUGCUGCUGCGCCUCCAAACGACAGUCUCAAGACGGGAGUGGAGGUGAAGCGUGACUGACUCCAAGCAAAAGAUUUAGCCUGCCUGGUUUCUUCCUCAAGCCCAGGGAAAGUGGAAGCAGACACCACCUUCACAGUGGACCCGUCUCCAGGGCAGAACAGCCACUAUUCGGACUAGGAAUCCUUUAAGAAUUAGAAGGAGCAGAAACGCUGGUUCAUGCUGGCAGCUCACCAGCACAGAACAAAUGGCAGGGCUUUGGACAAGCUACAAAUUUUGGUCUUGGUGAACUGAUGUUUCAGAGAAUAACUAUUACGUGGAAGGCUUUUUUUUCUUUUUCCGCAGAAGAGACCCUCAAAAUACUGUAUUUAUACCUGCCUUCCGCUGCUGCCGCUACAGCAAGCAUCUCACAGUCGACAACAGCAAACCAUGUGGUUCAUAGAGUAUUUUGCACUUGGGGAAAUUAUGUAUCUGAAUUUGUAAAAAAGGAAUGUUUGGAUUUUGUAUUGUCUUUUUUAUAUUAUUAAAAUACUAAACGGAACCCCUCAGCUGGCAAGCAUCUUUUCUACCUCAGCG